ACAAGAAAAAGGACAGAAUUUUGGAACAAGAGGAGGAGGAGAAGAAGGAAGAAAAGAUGUUGACGUGUAUUACGUGCUCCAAGCAAAGGACGGAAGAUGGGGGAGAGGAAAGCGCGCGUGGGACUCCCAGUACAAAAGAAGCCGUCAAAAGCCUGACGGCGCAGAUUAAGGAUAUUGCUUUGAAAGUAUCGGGUAGUAAGCAAGGCAAGCCGAGCAUAAGCCCAGGUGGUUUCAGAAAAGGCCGACCAUAUCCAGAUUUCGACACAAUUUCAGAGGGAGUACCCUACCCUUUUAUGCAGCCAGGAAGCUCAAAUUCCACUCCAGCUUGGGAUUUUACAAGAACUGGCCCUCAGUCUGCUAGCCGACAUGACUCAAGAUUCACUGGGGCAUUUGGUGGUGACAGGACUCCUGGCGGACAAGAGUCUAUCUCACAGUCUGGUGAUGUGGUGCUGGAAGAUGAGGAUGAACCAAAAGAAUGGAUGGCACAGGUGGAACCUGGAGUUCAAAUUACUUUUGUUUCACUCCCGAAUGGUGGAAAUGAUCUAAAGAGAAUACGCUUUAGUCGUGAGAUGUUCAACAAAUGGCAAGCACAAAGGUGGUGGGGUGAAAAUUAUGAUCGGAUCAUGGAGCUGUAUAAUGUCCAAAGAUUCAACCGGCAAGCUCUUAACACACCCUCAAGAUCAGAAGAUGGGAGGGAUUCUUCUUACUCGAGGCUUGGAUCGGCUAGGGAAAGCCCAAUGAUGACUCCAUCUGUUAACAAAGAAUGGACCCCAAGAAGUUACUAUAGACCUCCUGGAAACAAGGGUUAUUUCCCCUCUGAUCCUUCAGACCAAGGCAGCAGCCAACAUUAUAUGGCUGGAUCAAGUGCUUAUGCAUCAGGUGGCCCAAGGGGUGAGAUGUCAUCAAUGGAUCCAUCUAGAACGACAACCUCCUCCAGGGACGAGGCUUCAGCCUCAAUAAGCAAUGCCAGUGACAUCGAGUCUGAGUGGGUGGAACAAGAUGAACCAGGGGUAUAUAUUACUAUCAGACAAUUGGCAGAUGGAACCAGGGAGCUAAGGCGUGUAAGAUUCAGCCGUGAGAAGUUCGGGGAAGUACAUGCAAAGCUCUGGUGGGAAUCCAACAGGGAUAGAAUACAAACUCAAUACCUCUAAAGGAAGUAGGCUUCUGGAUGGAGUUUACUGGGGAAAGCGAGUACUAACUAAGUUGCCUGAAAUUUUAAAAGAAAACAUUCCAAUGUUUUAGGCCAACAAGCAUCUGGAAAUACCACCCCACCUGCCAGCCAAACAAACUACAGUCAAGAUAGAAUGAUCAAAGAGGCUCAGUCCUGGUAAUGGGACAAUCAGACUCUUCUCAGAAUGUAGUAUUGCUUACUUGAAAUGGCUCCACCCCAUGGACAAUGCUGUAAGCUAGCUUGGCAUGCCAUUUUUGUUACUAUUUAGUUAUCAGUGCCUACACCCUGAUCUCAAAUUCUUUUGAGCCUCGUCUUCCCUUAAAUUUUUUUCCUUUUUAACAGCUCUGUUGUGGGGAUUAUUUGGCUCUUGACAAAAUUCCAUGGUUUUGCUCUGUAAGUCAGCUUUCUAGCAUGACAAGAGAAGUUGAAUCAAAAGCAUGUAAUGCUAGAACAUGCAUGCUGUUCAUA